AUGGCGCUGUCGCAAGUGUUUUCUGCCUCCCUUGCUCCCACCACCCGUUUCCCAUUUCCAGCGGCGGAUCCACUCGGCCUCGACGGGUGGCGCCGACGACUCCCUUCCCGCCGUCACACGUCGACGCCGACGCCCCCCCAUGUCACCGCCGACCCGCAGGUCCUCGUAUCGACGCCGCCGGCGCCCGAUAGCGGCCUUAACGGCGAAGGGAAGCUCGCAGCCUGGACCAGCAUACGGCAAGAGAGUUGGGAGGGCGAUCUAAUGGUCGAAGGCCAGAUUCCUCCAUGGCUGGUAAGCAUCCCAAGAACCCAUAGCUUCACUCACCAGUCGGUGUUUUUCCGCUGCGCCAGUCUCUCCGCCUCCCUUCCUCCGUAUAUCUAUGUAGAGUUUGGGGUAUUUAUGGACGAUAUUGUAGAAGGGAACGUACCUGAGGAACGGGCCUGGCCUGUGGAACAUCGAGGACCACGAGUUCCGGCACCUGUUCGACGGGUACGCCACCCUCGUCGGCGUCCACUUCGAGGGCGGAAGGCUGAAGGCGGGGCAUCGCCAGAUACAGUCGGAGGCGUACAAGGCGGCCGUGAAGAAUAAGCGACUGUGCUACCGCGAGUUCUCCGAGACCCCGAGGGCCGAGAACCUGCUAGCAUACGUCGGCGAGCUCGCUGGCCUGUUUUCCGGGUCGUCGCUGACGGACAACGCCAACACCGGCGUGGUCAAGCUGGGCGAUGGACGGGUGAUAUGCCUGACGGAGACCAUCAAGGGCACCAUCCAGGUCGACCCCGAAACUCUGGAGACGAUCGGGAUGUUCGAGUACGAGGACGACCUUGGGUGGCUGAUUCAGUCCGCCCACCCGAUCGUGACCGACUCGGAGUAUCUGACGCUGCUGCCGGACCUAGUGCGACCGGGCUACCAGGUCGUCCGCAUGGAACCAGGAAGCAACGUGAGGAGGCUGAUCGGCCGGGUGGAUUGCCGGGGAGGACCGGCGCCUGGAUGGGUCCACUCGUUCCCCGCCACCGAGAACUACGUCGUCGUGCCGGAGAUGCCGCUGAGGUACUGCGCCCAGAACCUCCUCCGCGCCGAGCCCUCCCCCCUCUACAAGUUCGAGUGGCAUCCCGAAUCCGGCGCUUUCCUUCACGUCAUGUGCAAAGCCAGUGGUAACAUCGUGAGUCAUCAUAGACAUGAACCCGCUCUCUCUCUCUCUCUCUCUCUCUCUCUCUCUCUCUCUCUCUCUCGCUAAACGGGAAGAGGCCACUGGUUUGAUCAUAAAAUUUCACUGUGGCCCCUAUUGAUACCAGGUGACGAGCGUGGAGGUCCCGCUGUACGUGACCUUCCACUUCAUCAACGCCUACGAGGAGCAGGACGGGGACGGCCGGGCGGUGGCGAUCGUCGCUGACUGUUGCGAACACAACGCUGACACCGCCAUCCUCGAGAAUCUCAAACUGCAGAAACUCCGAUCCUUCUCCCGUGUGGACUCCCUACCAGACGCAAGGUGAGCAAGAGGAGAGUACCCUCCCUUCCCUCCUGCAGCUCGCUCUCUCUCUCUCUCUCUUGCUAUCUAUCUAUCUAUCUAUCUAACCUCCGCAUGGCAUCGAUUGGCAUUCAAAGGGUCGGGCGCUUCAGGAUACCUUUAGACGGGACUCCCCGGGGAGUGCUGGAGACGGCACUGGACCCAGAGCACCAUGGCCGGGGCAUGGACAUGUGCUCAAUCAACCCCAAAUACAUGGGGAAGAAGUACAGAUACGCAUACGCGUGCGGGGCCAAGCGCCCCUGUAACUUCCCAAACACCCUCACCAAGGUGAGAGAGGAAGACUUCACUCUUUAUAACGUCCAAAUCUUAUUAGCUGACCGUUAUCUCCUUGUUCCUGCAGAUUGAUCUCGUGGAGAAGACGACGAGGACAUGGCACGAGGAAGGCGCAGUGCCGUCUGAGCCCUUGUUCGUGGAGCGACCGGGCGCUGUCCGGGAGGACGACGGUGAGUCUCACAGCCGGCUUCGUCCAUCUGCCGGAAAUUUCAAUCUGACCCAUCCAGGCUACUCGUAACUCGCAGGCGCGGUAAUAUCCGUCAUCAGCGGCAUGGACGGCGGGGGGUAUGUGUUACUGCUGGAUGGCUCCACGUUUAAGGAGAUCGCCAGAGGAAGGCUGCCAUACGGUCUUCCAUAUGGCCUACACGGAUGCUGGGUUCCCAGAAUAUGA